UUAUCUUCAACGAAAAAUGCUGUGCAACAUGCAGAGAAAAUCCAACAUCACGCGGAAAGCAAGAGAUACGCACUCGCCAUACCCCCGGGACUGUGCAGGUGUCACACCAAUCGCCCCAUUCCCCUUCGGGUUUUCUAAGCUUCUCGCAAUGGAGCAGAGAGAAGAUGUAUUAGACUUCAUGUACUAAGCGAAGACGGAAGUCCUCGUGAGAAUACAUGACAGAAACGAAUCAGUACACUUGAGUUUGCCUUGAGACUCGCGAGCCCACUUGAGAUGGAUGGAAGAAGUCACACAGGGUGUUGGACCUGUAGGGCUCGCAGGAAGCGAUGUGAUGAAAGCAGACAAACUUGUGCAACUUGUAAUUCUCUGGGACUACCUUGUCACGGCUAUGGUCCUCGGCCGGCUUGGAUGGAUGGUGGUCCUAUACAGAGAGCGCGAGCAGUCGAGUUUAGAGAAAUUGUCAAGCGAAGACCCCGCCAAAGGUGGCUAUCCUUCUGUACGUCCGAGGCCAUCCAAAGUCCCAUCGACGAUAGGCUCUCUUCGGAUUCAUCAUCAGCAGUAAAUCAAAGUACCAGACCAAAUCAGAGAACAAACAACGCCCGACAAGAUAUUUUACCAAACCUUUCUACACCAGAAAAAAGUAUCGUGUUUCCGUCAUCGGGGACCUCUACAUUUUCAAAUGCUGUCCCUGCGAUAGAUUUCCCAAAUGUAUUUGAGGCCGGCCUAGAUUCCCUAACACCGUUGGACACUUUCGACUUGUCUCAUGCGUGCCCCCAAAGAUCCAGCGUGAGAUUGACUGAUUCUCUCUUGGCAAGCAUCUUCGACAGCUCACCUUACCUCGAAGGCCUUGAUAACGUAGCUCCGGAUGAUACAACGUCUAUGUUAGAUUUGUACAGUCACAGAGCGCCUUCACUAGCAACCCCUUCUCGCGAGGCUGAAAACGACAUCUGGUCGAACUCCAAGCCACUUGGUACGAAUAUAGCAAUGAGUACAGCCAGGGAUUAAGCGUCUUAGAUGUCGUCUCCAAGCCAAGUGCGACACUCAUCACAGAUUCACGUCCAUCAAUUGGCCAACUCAGCACUCUGAAAGUUUGGGAACUUGAUGCAUUUUGGUAUUACGUGGAAAAUGUUUUCCACGGACAAUUUCCAUUCUUAGAUCCUUCGGAGGCUAAAAUCAUUUGCAAUGAGCUCGUGCAACUUGCCAGCAUAUCUCGCUGCUGCUUGGCGUCCAUCU